AUGUCGUCGUUCUCAAGGGCCUGGACCCAAUUCCACCCUCCCAAGCCAACCUACACCGAGAAGAACAUCCCAGAUCUGCACGGCAAAGUAUACAUCGUCACGGGCGCCAACACCGGUAUUGGCAAAGAAGUCGCGCGCAUCCUAUACACAAAGCACGCCAAGGUGUACGCCGCCGGACGCUCCCCGGACAAGACGGCCCGCGCCAUCGAGGACAUCAAGAAGUCCGCGCCAGAGUCCAAGGGCGCCCUCGUCUUCCUGCAGCUCGACCUCGCCGACCUGAGCGGGAUCAAGGCGUCGGUGGGGCGCUUCCUCGCGCAGGAGACGAAGCUGCACGUCCUCUUCAACAAUGCCGGGCUGAUGGGCUCGGACCCGCUGCGGAAGACCGCGCAGGGCUACGAGCUCACCCUCGGCGUCAACUGCGUCGGCACCUUCCUGUUCACCAAGCUGCUGACGCCCGUGCUCGCCGCGACGGCCAAGACGGAGCCGCCGGCUGCGGUGCGCGUCGUCUGGCUGUCGUCGUAUGGGCUCGAGUCGUACGGCGUGCCGGACGUCGGCGUGCCGCUCGACAACCUCGACUACCACGAGCCGAAGGCGUAUAUAGACCGAUACGGGAUCAGCAAGGCGGGCGUGUGGGCUCUCGGCGCCGAGUUCGCGCGCAGGCACAAGGCCGACGGUAUUGUGAGCGUGCCCAUUAACCCUGGGAAUUUGCGUACCGAGCUGGCGAGAGACGCAACGAAGGCACUACGUUUCAUCGCUGGUCUGGUUGUCUACCCUGUUGUGAACGGUGCUUAUACCGAGUUAUUUGCUGGCUUGUCCCCUGAGAUUACCAUGGAGAAGACGGGAAGUUGGAUAAUUCCGUUCGGCAGAUUCUAUCCUCUUCGUCCAGAUCUAGAGAAGGCAACAAAGCUGGAGGCUGAGGGAGGCACUGGAGGCAACUAUAAGUUCUGGGAGUGGAACGAGGACCAAGUCAAGUCGUAUUUGUAA